AUGUCGGUUUGCGGUAAUGUCAACGAUGAUGAAGGCGGCGUGCCGGAGUACGGUUGGAAGGUGGAUUUCGAUCACAAAUUCCCCGAUCCCAGAACGCCGUCUUACAUGCCGAGGAUCAAGCAGAUCUUGCAGUUACUACCACUGAUCGUUAGGUAUGUAUUUUACAUGCUAUUAUGUUAUUUAAAAGGCCAGAAACCAAUAAUGGAUUUUCUAUUUCCAAUUAAAUCUAAGCACAUGUAUGGUGUACCUUUGGGUGGUAUUGGAGGUGGAACCAUAGGUCGUGGAUUUAAAGGAGAGUUUUGUCGUUAUCAAGUUGUGCCUGGCAUGUAUGAGUAUGAAACUGUUCAAGCAAAUCAGUUCAUUGUUAAUAUUCAAGAUAGCGAAAAUAUUACUGUAUACAAUAAUGUUCUGUCAUGUCUGGAGUCUAACAACAAAACAUUGUACAAUUGGAAAUGGAAUUUUCCAUCAAAUCAAUGUAAGUACACUGGUCUCUAUCCAAGAUCAUGGACCGAAUAUUUGAUUCCAGAAUUUCAUAUCAAACUAAUUUGCAAGCAAAUUUCACCCAUUAUUCCACAUAACUAUAAAGAUAGUUGUAUCCCAGGUGGUGUUUUCAUAUGGACAGUAGAAAAUAAUAGCGAUAAACAAUAUUCAAUAAGCUUAACAUUUACGUUUGCAAGUGGUAACGGCGUUCCAGUAUAUAAUACAGACCAACCUACUUGUGAACCGUUCAACUUAAACGAAGAUGGUACUGAGGUUGCUGGUUCAUUGAUUCACAAUUAUUUUAGAGAAAUGAAGUGUACCUAUGUUAUUGGUGGAUUAAUAAAAGAAGGUGCAUCAUUCAGUCAAUUAAAUUUUGAUCCAAAAAGCAAUGGUAUGACCAUAUCAAAAAGCUUAAAUUUGUUUGGAGAGUUGAGAGAUAUGCAAUUAGGGCCAACUGGGCCAAGUAAUAUAUACUCGAGAGAUGAAGAAGUUGCUAGUGCAGUUUGUUUAAAACAAUGUUUACUCCCAAAUACAUCAAUGACAUAUGAAUUUGGAUUAUUUAUAGAUAUGCCUAAGAUUAAGUUUCCUAAAUCAAAUACAGAAUAUUUCAGGUACUAUACUAAGUUUUUUGACAAUAAUGGAACAGCUGGCCCUAAAAUAAUGCAUUAUUCAAUGCAAAACUUUAAAAAAUGGGAACAAGAAAUUGAAAAAUGGCAAAAUCCUAUUUUAAAAAAUCCAUUACUACCUGACUGGUAUAAAAGUGCCAUAUUCAAUGAAGUUUAUUUUGUAGCCGACGGAGGAACUAUUUGGUUGUUACCUCUCAAAGAAGAUUGUGAACGGUUAGAUGUUACAGAUCCAAGAUACCAAUAUGGAUAUUUUGGAUAUUUGGAAGGUCAUGAGUAUCGAAUGUACAAUACAUAUGAUGUACAUUUUUAUGCAUCUUUUACAUUAGCAAAACUAUGGCCUAAACUACAAGCAUGCAUACAAUACAAGUUUAGAGAUACAAUUGACAAUGCAUUGAAUAUUACAAGAAAACACUUGUCCUGUGGUACCAGAGGUUUACGGAAAUAUAAAUAUAGUGUACCACACGAUCUUGGCGAUCCAGAGGAAGACCCGUUUAACUUAGUGAAUGCUUAUUUAGUACACAAUGUUUCUGAAUGGCGUGACCUUAAUUUAAAAUUUGUUUUGCAAUGCUACAGAGAUUACAUUUUGUUUGGUGAUAACAAGUAUUUGGCUGAUAUGUAUCCACAAAUAAAAAAUGUGAUGGAAAAAUCAUUGUCUUGGGAUACUGAUGGCGAUGGAAUGAUUGAAAAUUCUGGAACAGCCGAUCAAACUUUUGACACAUGGAUAAUGACUGGAAUUAGUGCUUAUUGUGGAGGUCUGUGGUUAGCUGCUCUUUAUUGCACUGUUCAGAUAUCUAAUAUUCUUAAACAAGAUGAUAUCAGUGAAAAAUAUUCAACUAUAUUAAAUAAAGCCAAGGAGUCAUUUAAUGCUGCUUUAUGGAAUGGUGAAUAUUUCGAUUUUGAUUCAUCUGGUCAGCACCAUUCAAAAUCAAUUAUGGCUGAUCAAUUAUGUGGGGAAUGGUAUUUGAAAUGUUGUGGUGUAAACGAAGAGGUACUUCCAGUCGAUAGAGUCAGAAAGGCUCUUCAGACAAUUUACAAGAUGAAUGUGCUUGGGUUCAACAAUGGAAAAAUGGGAGCUGUGAAUGGCAUGAUGCCUGAUGGAAAUCUAGACACGUUUUCUGUGCAAAGUGAAGAAGUUUGGACAGGAGUUACAUAUGCCUUGUCCUCUCUAAUGAUCUCCCACGGUUUGCGCGAAGAAGGUUUUAACACGGCUAAGGGUAUUUAUAAUACUGUUUAUUAUAAUAUUGGCAUGGCGUACCAAACACCAGAAGCAAUUUAUUCUAAAAAUGCGUAUCGCUCUGUUGGUUAUAUGAGACCACUGAGUAUAUGGUCUAUUCAAGUUGCACUGGAUAAUUUAAACAAAGACUAACUACUAAGAUAGUAUUACAUUUACGUUCAAUUUUAUAUUAUGAGAUAAAAGUAAAAAUAUUUUUUAAAUAUAUAGCAAAAUAUGUAUUACGUAUGCAAA